UUCAUGAUUGGUUCAGAUAAACGUGUUAAGGGGAGAUAUAAUUAUUGAAUUCCAUAGGAAAACUAGUGUAAAGAAACAGUGUAACAAGAUGGAUCUUCGUGUAGAUCUAAUAUUUAUUGUAUGUUUGGCUACUGUUCUAGGAGCGCAGAAUGAAGUCUCUAGCUUCCAAAGCCUCCCAAAUCCUCCGAAAGCAAAUGUUUCACAGUGCAGCUUGGUGAAGGAUAAUGAUCGAUUGGAUUGUAUACCAAGAGGAAAUGUUACACAGGAUAUCUGCGAAUCUAGGGGAUGUUGCUGGUCGGAAUCCAGUUCUGGCAUACCAGCCUGCUUCUAUCAACCUAAAUCGUUAUCCUACAAAUUUAAAAAUAUCACGGAAACGUCUGAUGGACUUGUGGCUUAUUUGGAACGUAGCUAUAAGUCUCCUUAUCCCAGAGACGUGGCUUUGAUCAAAUUGAUUGCAACUUAUCAGAGUGAUGAUAUUUUGAGAUUUAAGGUAAUUGACCCCACAAAGAAAAGGUAUGAAAGCAUUUUCCCGGAGAAAAAGUUACCAUCUCCAGCAACUAAGAAUCCUUCGUACAAACUAAUAAUUGGGAAAGAUCUGCAGGGUUUCAGGGUAGUCAGAAAAUCAGAUAAUACGACCAUUUUCGAUGCUUCCGAUCUGACCAAUUUCAUUUUUUCGGAUCAGUUCAUCCAGAUAACUACGAAAUUACCUUCGACAUAUUUGUAUGGAUUGGGGGAACACAAGGAAAGAUUCAAGCUGCAGUCAAAAUGGACUACCUACACAUUAUACAGUCGGGAUACAUCUCCUCUUUUCAAUACGAAUUUAUAUGGCUCCCAUCCAUUCUACUUAUCCAUGGAGAAUUCUACUAAAGCUCAUGGAAUAUUUUUGAAAAAUAGUAACGCAAUGGAUAUCAUCAUUCAACCAACCCCAGCAUUAACCUUCAGAACUAUUGGUGGAAUACUUGAUUUCUUCAUUUUUCUGGGCCCUUCUCCUUCUGAAGUAAUCAAACAAUAUCAGCAGGUGAUUGGUAAACCCAAAAUGCCACCACAUUGGAGUUUAGGAUUCCAUCUGAGUAAAUUUGGCCUCAAAGAUCUCAAUACCACAAAGAAAUAUAUUGAGAGGAACUUGAAUGCUGGUAUCCCAGUGCAAUCUAUAUGGAACGAUUUGGACUACAUGAACAAUUCCAACGAUUUUACAUACGAUAAGAAAAAAUUCAAUGGAUUACCCCAAUUUGUCGACAAAUUACAUAAAGAAGGAAGAAAAUAUGUUAUUCUAUUUGAUCCAGGUGUCAGUUCAGGAGAACCGAACGGAACAUAUCCUCCCUAUGACAAAGGAGUUGAGUUAGAUAUUUUCGUCAAGAAUAGUACAGGACAAAUCUUGGUGGCUCAGGUAUGGAAUCCGGUUUCCACCGCCUACCCAGACUUCACCAAUCCAAAAUCUCACGACUACUGGAAAUUGAUGAUGAAGAGUUUCCACGAUGUAGUUCCCUUUGAUGGUGCUUGGUUAGAUAUGAACGAACCUUCUAAUUUCUUAAAAGGCUCGAUGUAUGGUUGUCCUGAGAGCGAACUGGAGGACCCUCCUUACCUUCCUAGAGUCUUGGAAGGAAGUCUCAGUAAGAAGACCAUAUGUAUGACAGCGAAACAAUAUGCUGGUUUACAAUAUAAUCUACAUAAUCUGUACGGCAUAAGUGAAACGAAUGUAACCAGCAAUGUUGUCUCUGAAAUUUUGGGGGAGAGAUCUUUGGUGAUAACAAGGUCAACGUUUCCUGGUAGUGGGCAAUACGGUGGACAUUGGAGUGGAGAUAUAGGUUCAAACUGGGAGGAUUUAAGUUACAGUAUUCCACAAUUGUUGGACUUCAGUUUGUUCGGAAUACCAUUGAUGGGAGCUGAUAUAUGUGGCUUCUUUGGAUCUGCAACCGAACCUUUGUGUAACAGAUGGAUGCAAUUAGGAGCAUUUUACCCAUUCUCAAGAAACCACAAUUCAGUAGGGAUGAAGGAACAAGAUCCAGCGUCAAUGGGUGACAGAGUCAUCAGAUCUUCAAGAAAAGCCCUGGAAAUUCGAUACACCCUUCUUCCCUACCUGUAUACUUUGUUUUGGGAAGCUCACAAGAAUGGCACCACAGUGGCUCGACCCCUUUUGGUUGAGUUCCCGGAAGACCGGAAUACUUACGACAUCGACACUGCAUUCUUAUGGGGAUCUGGAUUACUUAUAGUACCCAUUUUAGAAGAAAAUGCGAUUUCAGUAAAUGCCUACCUGCCGAAAGGAAUUUGGUACGAUUAUUAUACAAGGCAACCAUUGAACAGCAGUGGGGAAUUCAUGGAUAUCUAUGCUGACAAUGAAACGAUACCACUUUUCAUACGCGGCGGUCAAGUUUUACCCACUCAAUUUUACCGAGCAACCACUGAAGAGGUCAGAAAAGCCGAUUUGAAGAUAGUGGCAGCCUUAGAUCAAAACGGAAGAGCCGAGGGAUUAUUGUACUGGGAUGAUGGUAUUUCUGUAGAUGUGGGGAGAAAUUACACACAGAUUUCCUUCUUGGUGGAGGAUGGAGAUAUAGAAAUAAACGUCAUAAACAAUCGUGCAGAACACCCUCCAAAAAUAUUCUCAGUCGAGAUUUUGGGUAUUCGAAAUUUCAAUGAGAGUAACCUUAGUAGCGGGAACUUGGAUUACGUCUACAAGAAACAGAGUCAAAGUCUCCUUCUCCAGAAUCUGAACAUAGACCUCACGCAGUCCACAUCCAUAAAAUGGUCAUAGAAUUUUUUUUAGGAAUAUAACAAUAUAUACUUUAUACUCGACAAUUGUUUUUUCUCAAGUUUAAAAUAAAAUUCUAAGAUUUAA